GUACCAUUUUUUGCCUGCCGCCAUUUACCAGAGGAAGAAGAGGAAGAAGUGAUGAAGGCAGCUCCGUGUUUAGCAGUAAAGCUGCAGGAUGGACGCAGAGCAACAUCACAGUGGCUGUGAUAGAAUCAAACCGAACUGAGGUUCAUGCUGGGAAACAGAGCCUCCAGGCUGCAGGAGGGAGGAGAGGUGUGUGUGUAAAAGCCUGAGCAGUGACGUAGAAGUGAUGGGUCCAAGGAGGAAGGCCUCUAAACUCCAGCCUGUAGGGGGCAGCGGUGGAGGGGAACUGGUCCUGAGUCCCAGUGAGCCCAAGGACUACAUCAACGAGCUGUCCCAUGAAGUCCUCUGUCAUAUAUUCAGGUACCUUCCCAUGAAGGACAUAAUGUGUAUGGAGAGUCUGUCCAGGAAGCUUCGAGAAGCUGUGACUUUGUACCUGAGAGUGGUAAAAGUGGUGGAUCUGUGUGCUGGUCGCUGGUGGGAGUAUAUGCCUUCAGGCUUUACAGACAGCAGCUUCCUCCUCCUGCUUAAGAAGAUGCCAGACCUGGAGCAGCUAUACGGCCUCCACCCUCGAUACCUGGAGAGGAGACGAGUCCGAGGCUACGAGGCUUUCAGUAUACCUGGAGUCCUGGAGGCACUACAGACCUGUCCCAAUCUGCUGGGUGUGGAGACGUCCCAUCUGGAGCUGGUGGAGGCCAUAUGGAACUACAUGCCCCAGGUUCACAUACUGGGAAAGUUCCGCAACCGCAAUGGAGCAUUUCCCAUUCCUGCUGAGAACAAACUGACCAUCCCCAUAACUGCAAAGAUCCAGACCCUACAUCUAGUGGGUGUGAAUGUCCCAGAGAUACCUUGCGUGUCUAUGCUGCGCCAUCUUUACCUUAAGUGGGUCCGCCUCACCAAACCACAGCCAUUUAAGGACUUCCUGUGUGUGAGCCUGAGAACCUUCGUCAUGCGGAACUGCGCAGGACCAACCAACUCCCUCAAAUACGUUCCCCUGGUUACUGGUUUAGCAUCAGCCCGGAACCUGGAGCAGCUGGAGCUGGUGAGAGUUCCCUUUCUGGGAGGGCUGAUCCAACAUGUGGUGGAGGACAGCUGGAGGUCAGGAGGAUUUCGAAACCUCCACACCAUCGUGUUUGGAGCCUGUAAGAACGCUCUGGAAGUGGAUUUGGGUUACCUCAUCAUCACUGCUGCACGCAGGCUUCAUGAGCUGCGUAUCCAGCCCUCCCUCACGAAAGAUGGAGUCUUCUCGGCUCUUAAAAUGGCUGAACUAGAGUUUCCUCAGUUUGAGACCCUUCAUCUGGGAUAUGUGGAUGAGUUCCUGCUGCAAUGUAAGAUGAGUCACUCGGAGCUGGUGAAGUACGGUCUGGCUGACGUCAUUGAGAACCCAGGCAUCAUCACUGAUAUCGGCAUAAAGGUGGUGAACGAGGUGUUCACUAACAUUAAAUACCUGCUCAUCUACAACUGUCCUCACCUGCAUAACCCUCACCACUGGAUCACAGAUCAGUCCAGAUGGAGCCGUCUCGUUGACCUCACUCUUGUUCGCUGUCAUGCCAUCAAACUGGAGUCAUUCUCCCAGUUCAUAGAGUUACUGCCCAGUCUGGAGUUUAUCUGUCUGGACCAGAUGUUUAGAGAACCACCCAAGGGCUGUGCCAGGGUGGGCCUGAGUGCAGGAACUGGUAUUGGUGUGUCCUCUGCACUGGUCAGCAACCAGAACUCCAACAAUGACAACGACAACAACAACAACCACCAUCACCACAACAACGAGGCUAACCUUCCCCCUGCUCCUCCACCUGUCAACAACAACCAAAGACAACAACAACAGCAACAGCAGCAGCAGCAACAACAACAGCAGCACAAUGCACCAGUUGAAGUAAAUGGGGUGGAAGAUGAGGAAGAAGAGGAGGAGGAGGAGGAGGAGGUGAUCUUGGAGGAGAACAUGGAGGCUGAGCCUCAGAUAGAGCUGGAAGGAGCAGAGGGUGCGGUGAGAGUGGAGGAAGCUGACGGGGCUCCAGGGGCCAGUCGUCCAGCUGGAACACCACAACCUCCUGAUGAGGAGCAAGCAGGUCCCAGUGGUUUAGUGCAGCAGUGCAGACCAGCUAAUGCCAUUGUUCCCAAGCCCCCACUGGUCAUCUCAGACUCAGACAGCGAGGAAGAGGAGGGCCUUGUUUCAAGGCUAAUGCCAGCUUCCUGUUUGCAGGAGCCAGCUUCCUGUACAGAAGGUAAGGGAAAGACUCCUCUGCGGCGGAGCAACAACGUGUCGGUGGAGCAGACGAAGGCUCAGGUGUCGGACAGCAGCUGCGAGAAGAGCUGUCAGGUGACCAGUGAACAGAUCAAGGCAGACAUGAAGGCUGCUGGGGACACCAGCAGGAGGACUAGCAGUAAAGGGAUUACUACUGAGGCUGGGGAGACAGCCGGUCAGACCGCCAGGGCUGACAGUGGGACAGUUCAGGGCACCGGGAGUGCUGGGGCAGCAGUGAGGACUGGAGUGAGGCCAGUGACUGGUUCUUUGGUCAGAACUGGACCUGGGGCAGCCACAUCCAGGCAGGUAGGUGGAUGUGGGAGGGUGGUGGCGGGCACCAGCCACAGGACAACUACAACCGCUGACAGAGCCACAGGAACUGGCAGGACUAACGAUGGCACAGAGGGCCCCUCUGGAGCACAGGCUGGGGACAGUUACACGGGGGAGGCUGGGGGGAGGCUCAACUGCAGUCCUGCCGGUGUGGACGGUCUGGAGCCCAGAGGUGCUGCUGUAAACCAUGGUCCCAGGAGACCAGCACUGCAGUCUGGACAGGGAGAGAGACAUCCUGGGCCUGCUACUGGUUCAGGUUCACAGCACGGUCAGGCCAGAAACGAGGACUUUGUUCCGAGACGACCUUUGACCCGAUCUCGUACCCGUAUGUCCGCUGUGUCCCUGGUACCUGACACAGAUCUUUCAAGAGCCAGACCUCGAGUAGCAGUGAAGAGGAAACGAAUGGCUGACAAAUCAACCAGCACCUCAGACCCGGUCACUGAGGAUGACCACGUACAGAUUUUGUCUCUGAAGAGUAAGAACCUGGUGGGCAUCACUCUGACCAACUGUGGAAUCACUGACCUGGUCCUCAAAGACUGCCCCAAGAUGAUGUUCAUUCACGCCACCAGGUGUCGAGUGUUGAAGCAGCUGAGAGUAGAGAGCGCCCCCAUAGUGAACAGGUUUGAUUAUGCUCAGUGUAAGAAGCUGGACAUGGAGCAGGUCCUGGAUCAGAUUUUGAGAAUGCCUCCUGAGAGGAACCGCAUCAUCUACAUGCGCCCUAUGCACCAGAUUGACUCAGUAGCGCUGGAGCGUCAGCUCUUCCAGGGGCCAUAUCCCUACCACAUCGCCAUAGUGCACGAGUUCAGCAACCCUCCAAACAUACGGAACAAAGUUCGAAUCCGCAGCUGGAUGGACACCAUCGCCAACAUCAGCCAAGAGUUAAUCAAGUAUGAGUUCUUCCCAGAGGCCACCAGGACAGAGGAGGAUGUCCAGAAGUAUCCCAGAUACCCCUGGGGCAGGGACAUCUAUACACUGGAGGGAGUGGUGGACGGAGCUCCCUACAGCAUGAUCACUGACUUCCCCUGGCUGAGGACUCUGAGAGCAGCUGAUCCCAACAGCUACGCCCGCUACGACUUUGAGGACGAUGAAAGCACCACCAUCUACGCCCCGCGGCGUAAAGGCCAGCUGUCAGCUGACAUUUGCAUGGAGACCAUCGGGGAGGAGAUCUCAGAGCGCCGACAGAGCAAACGAGGAGUGUUUCAGAGAGUGGUGGUCCUCUUCCUUCAUCACUGUGACACACCAGGUGAACCUGUGGACGACGACUACAUCUAGACAUGACUAGACACAAAACACACUGUCUACCCGGCACUGAGCGUCCUGCUGCUGCAUCUGUGAAAGACAGAGAGGUGACAGUCUGUCUCUUUGCUGUGUCCUCACACACUGCCACGCACAUGAGAACUCAGACUGGACUAGCUUCAUGGAGAAGAAAUAACUACAGUGGAGGGAGCUCCUAAACCUGAACUGGCCAACACGAGUUGCUGAAACGCAGCAUGUUGAAAAAAACUCCUCCGAAGAUUGUUCACUGAUGUGAUGUGGUUCAUGAGGACCAGACUGAUGGAUUAGAUCAGUUUCAGGGGAAAAUAAACUGAUAGUCUGUGUAUUAGGUUCAUGGCUCAUGUGAUGCUGAUGUUCCUUAGGCAUGUAUGAGUGUCCCAGCACACCAGAACGUCUCUGAUUCAAGUUGAGAAAAGAAGAAAAGCACUGAGGUGGUAAAAUGGGGAAUUCAGCAUAAUGUCUGUUUUCAGUUAGUGAGUGAAAACAGUUCUUCAUGUUCAUCAUACUGGCAGUGAGAACCCUCUCUGUGCUGUAGUGUUGGUCUGAUCUCUCAUCUGUCCACUGCCACAGGCUGCCUACCUCUGAAAUGGCCUUAGACACAAAUGUCAAACAAACUAUGCUUUUUAUUUCACUUAAGUUUUUUUUUUUUAUCUUUCAACAUGCUGAAAUGUUGAUGGCUCUGGGUGGUGGAUGGUACGUUUACCUCAGCACUAAAAAGAGACAGAUGUUGAACAGCUGUGGAGUUGAUCCCAGCAGCUGAUAUAAGUUUGUCUUUGCACAUUUGGCCCAUUGGAUAGAGAUCAGGGAGCUAGACUUUAUAAGUCCAGUCCACUGAAAGUGAUGUUUCAGAUCAGCUCCAUCAUGCAGCCCCGUCUCAAUCAGCCAUGCAAAUAUAUUGUGACUUACUUGGCUCUGUCAUGUGGACAGGCUGCAGCUACCACUGACUCAGCAGCAGGCAGGGAGCUAGCUCAACCCUGCGGAGACAUGUUCUCAAAUAUAAGAAUGAACAGAUUUAAAUCUACACUUAGCUGCUCCAUCAUCAUCAUCAUCAGUUGGAAGCUGUUGGUUUUUCACAGUAGCGGGACAGUGUAUGUCUGAUCUGAUCCUCCUUGUGGCCGGUCGUGCAGAUGAUGCAGCUUUAUUUUGUUCUUAUCACUUUAGCUUUAUUGUUUUUGGUCCGUGACCAGCUUAAACCAGGACCAGGGCCAUGUGGGAAACUGAUGCGAGUUCUGAAUUUUGAAUUUGAAUUCUGAGAAUAAAUAUUCAGACCCUUUUUCACCAUGGAGAGAAAUCAGAUUUGGACUGCGUAUGUUUUGUCCUGUCUGUGACAUAUUUUUGGAUCAGCUCUCAGCCUCUGUUGCCUAAAGGGAGCUGGAACAUGAAGUGAACAGUUUAAAGCCUUUUUUAAGGUUUUACGAGCCCAAAGGGGGCUGGAUUAGUUGUUCCUCUGGUGUCUUGGAGGAACGAGAGUGAUGGUUGUCUGAUAAAGGAUUUGACUGGUCAGGGAUCUGGAUGGCUCUGAUACAGCUGAGGUUCAGCUUCCUCAGAGAUGGAAAAGUUGAACAUCUUUGUUAAAAACUAACAGUAAAUGUUCACUAUCAGGUGAUUAGAAAAUUCAUUGUUCAGGUUGCACUGAAUACGAUGAGUACAUCCGUCUGUCUGUGUACUGACAACUGUACAGGUGUCAUGGAGGGAGAUCUGCUUCCAUGGUGUUUAUAUGUUUAUAAAGAAAGAACAAGACUAUUUCACAUACUGAAAAAUAAAAUAACAGGAAACAACUUC